AUGAAUGAGUUAAAUAAUAAUUCUACUAUCAAAGAUGAUAAAAUUGCUACUAUUGCCGAUGAUAAUAAUAAUUUAAUAAUAGAUUUAUGUUUGGUUAAUUUCCAUCAUACAAGAGGCCCUGAGGUAGAAUAUUCAGUAACUAAUAAACCGCCUACAUUAUUCCCAUAUUUACCCUUUCAGGCAUUGCCUGAUGGAGCUCAUUCUUUUAAACAAACUUUUACUUAUUUCACCUUGCUAUAUAAUCCCAAAUUGAAAACCAGCUGUCUGGAUGCCACUUCAAUUCCAGAUGACCAAUUGCAAGAUUAUACAACAGUGUUUGCUAUUUCUUGUUCUAUACAAAUUGAUUCCAAGGAUUUGAUUAACAAAACAGACGACAUUAUAAGAUCUACUGUACAGAAAAGCUGUGUUGUCAUCGCUAAAGAGCCAAUUUUUGGUCAAAUUAAGGAUAAAUUAAGUAUUGUAACAAAUGUAUAUUUUGAACAGAAGGAUUUCAGCGACAAAAGCCUAUUAGAUUCAUUGUAUGAAAAUCUAAGUUCUACCUAUACUGCUACUGCUACCAAUGAAAAUUUCACACUGAUUAAUACACCAAAAACACCAUUAUAUCUAGGUUUAUGCUUGAGGAGAAUAGUAAUGGAUUUUCAGAAAGAUAUGUUAACCAUUCUAAAAGCCAUUUUGUUAGAGAAGAAAAUAUGUUUUUUUGGCAACGAUGUAGAGAAAAUGUGUAAUUUACAAUUUGGCUUUAUAUCUUUGAUUCCCGAUUUGUUAAGUAAUUUACAUGAUUGUGGUUCCCCGUUGUUGAAUAAAAAUGUGGAGCAUUUGAAAAUAGUGGAUCAUUUUAAAUCAAGCGAUAAGAAAAGUAUUUGGAAAUUUUUAGGUUAUCCAUUACAAAUAUUUGGGAAGGGUGGUAUGUUUUCACCUUACACACCACUACAACAAAUGGAUGACGUGAUAAAUAAUACAGCUUUUUAUAUGAUGGGUACCUCAAACGGGCUAUAUUUAGUUAACAAUGAGAAGGAGGAUCUGCCAAUGUGCGAUCUAUUAAUAAAUGUUGAUAAAUGUACCGUAGAAGUAUUAAAUAAAAAGAGUUUGCCCGAAAAGACUUUGUAUUUAAGUUAUCAAGAUAAAAAAUGGAUUGAAAAUAUUUAUGAAAACGUUAAAUCUACUUGGAAUGAGGAGAUUCCUGAUACGCCUACUAAUUCUAGGUUUGAAGGUAGUGAAGAUUACAUAAGAAACCAAUUUGAAGAUUAUUUAACGGGAUUAUUAUCCACAGUCAAGUUAUAUUAUUUACAAAGGACCAAACCAGAAAUUUGUCCCAUGGAGAUUAAUAGUGAAAAGCAACUAACUUUUUUCAAUAUGGACUGGUUUAACGAAUGGAGUUUAACUCAAAAUUACAAAAUAUUUAUGACUUUUACCGAUGAUCGUAUAUUUGACUUGUUUGAGCCAAAACAUAUUUAUGCAGAUUAUUCGCCAGUUUCUGCAUUCCAAAAAAAAUUUGUUAGUACUUUCUCUAAAUACCGAAGGCCCACAAUUAGCUCUGCAGAAAGCGCAGCUAGUAAUACAUUGGGAGUAUCGAAAAUAUCUACAGAUACUAAAAAUGAUAGUACAGAUACUAAAUUUGAUACUGAAGAAACUAGGAUACGAACACACAAUAAUGAUAAUGACAAUACUAACAAUGAUGGUAGGAACGAAAUGAAUGACGACUCUGAUAUUAUUGGCACUACUAAACAUGAAACGAAGGAUCUGGAAGAUUUUAAUGUGGAUAAGAAAGGAGAAGGACAAGAAAAAGCAGAAAGAAAUGAAACACAUAUUUCACCCACUAAGAAACAAUCGGCGUGGGAUACUUGGAGAGAUUAUUUUACAAAGAAACCAACAACCCCUGUUAAAAACACCGAUACUGUUAAGGCUUCUGAAAAUACUGCCAAAGAUUUUAAUAGCAUUGUUGAUACUACAACUAAAGAUGCUGACAAAACACAUAAAAAUAAUGUUAAAAACGGUACCAUAGCCACCACUUCUAUACUUGAGCAUGCCUCGACUAAUAAUGCUAUUUCAAAUGCUCUAUCUUCUUUAGCCCUAUCGGUACCUGUCAUUCCUGUUAAUAUGACUAGUAUUGCAAGUAAGGAAACCAACAGUCAGCAACAAGAGCAAGAAAUAAAUGGUUUUGAAAAAAAAGAAAUGGUUGAAACAGAAAAUGUCAAUACUGAUGAAGAAAAAAAAGAAAACAUAAGCGAUGGAGAACAACAGCAACAACCAGAAGAAAGACAGAAAAUUGCAAAGAGUAACUCACCAGAUAUUGAGUCAGAUAGGGAUAUCUUAGCCAACGAAAAUAUUUUUGUAAAUAAUGCACCCGCAAUUAUGGUUAAAAAAGAACUAACUUCUCUGGAGAGAACCCCGAUUAAGUCAUCCAACAUGGCACCAUUAGAUAAAAUAUCUAAUGAAAGACAAGAUUCUGGGAAUGAAUCUGAAGAUGAAAUCGAGGACGACAUAGAUUUUGAAAAAGACAAUGAAAAUGGUGGUCAUAAUGAGGAAAACGGUCAAAGCUUAAAUUUAAAUGGCACUAAUGAAACUGAAAAUCAUAUUAAAUCGCACAAUAACCUCAACAAUGGUGAUACUCAGCAUGAAACCUUGGAUCUGAAGAAAGCAGGUAAUGAAAAAGAUAACAAUCAAUGA